GCAGCAGCAGCAGCGGCAGCAGCGGCUUUGUGUCGUUUUAUUGUUUGUUAGCUGAUGUUUGAGUCACCAUGUGUUCAGUUCAGCAGCUGAGGGAUUUUAUCAGAGAGAGACUAACUGCUGCUGCGGAGGAAAUCUUCACUCAGGUAGCAAAAACCAUCAUUAGCUACGAGGAGGAGAUUAAAGUUCUGGAAACCUGCAGGAAUGAAGCUCAGAUAAAAACAACCGGAACCGCUGUCCCAAAGCAACAGGAAGAUGAGGAAGAUGAGGUUCUCACUGGCAGCCGGCUCUGCAGUCACAUGAUGAGUUUAAAUGAGAACCAGGAGGAGUCUGAGCCUCCACAAGAUGGCGACAGCAACCAGGAGCUGGGACAUCAGCUGCUGAAGGAGGAACCAGAAGCUCCUGGUGUGAAAGAGGAACGGCAGGAAGUCUGCUGCAGUCAGGAGGGACAGAGUCUUCAUUUCACUCAGACUCUGCAACAAACUGAAUUCAGUGAAGAAGAAGCAAACAUUGAGCAUCUGGACUCUAACAAUGUUUCUGCUCUGGAGAACCAGGAUGAAGCAGGAAGCUGCAGUCCUGUGUUAGCGAGUUGGGCCGAAUCGGUCCCAGAUAAAUCCUGUGAGUGUCGUGUCUGUGGGAAAGCCUUUAAAUCUCAGUAUAACAUGUUGCGACAUCUCAGAGAACACUCAGGGGAGAAGCCAUUGCGCUGUAAAAUAUGUGGAAAGGUGUUUGUGCAGACAUGUCAUUUGAAAGAGCACUUACAAAUGCACACAGGUGUCAAGCCCUUUUCCUGUGACACCUGUGGGAAAAGCUUUACCAGGAAAUCCAGCCUGAAAGUUCACAGGAAAGCUCACACAGGUGACAAACCUUAUUCAUGUGAAACCUGUGGGAAACGUUUCAGCAGAAGUUUUUGUUUGAAAGUUCACAGAAAAACUCACACAGGCGUUAAGCCUUUUUCAUGUGAAAUCUGUGGGAAAAGCUUCCGUGAAAAAUGGUAUUUGAAAUUCCACAUCAAGACCCACACAGUGGAGCAGCCAUAUUCAUGCCAAGCAUGCGAUGAAAGCUUUAAUAGUAUGAAUGAACUGGUUUGUCACCAGAAAGUCCACAAACCUGUGAGGGGUUUCUGGUGAGGUGUGAAGGUUUGAGGUUUGAAAGUUUGAAGGUUUGAGGUUUGAAGGUUUGAGGUUUGAAGGUUUGAAGUGUGAAGGUUUGAAGGUUUGAGGUUUGAAGGUUUGAAGUGUGAAGGUUUGAGGUUUGAAAGUUUGAAGGUUUGACGUUUGAAGGUUUGAGGUGUGAAGGUUUGAGGUGUGAAGGUUUGAGGUGUGAAGGUUUGAAGGUUUGAGAUGUGAAGGUUUGAGGUUUGAGGUGUGAAGGUUUGAGGUUUGAAAGUUUGAGGUUUGAAGGUUUGAAGUGUGAAGGUUUGAAAGUUUGAAGGUUUGACGUGUGAAGGUUUGAAGGUUUGAGGUUUGAAGGUUUGAAGUGUGAAGGUUUGAAGGUUUGAGGUGUGAAGGUUUGAAGUGUGAAGGUUUGAGGUUUGAAGGUUUGAAGUGUGAAGGUUUGAGGUUUGAAGGUUUGAAGGUUUGAAGUGUGAAGGUUUGAGGUUUGAAGGUUUGAAGUGUGAAGGUUUGAAAGUUUGAGGUUUGAAGGUUUGAAGUGUGAAGGUUUGAAAGUUUGAAGGUUUGACGUUUGAAGGUGUGAAGGUGUGAAGGUUUGAAGGUUUCUGGUGAGUCGUUUCUCAGUUCUGCUCCAGAUGUUUCCGUCAUCCAGGCGUUUGCUUUCACAGCCAUGAUAAAGGUACCAAUCAGCUGCAGCAGUUAAUGUUUAACAUUUUGAACAUAAUUCUCCCAUCAAUACGACCAAAAGGUCCAUACAGUUCAAUAUUAAUGUAUGUGAAUCAGGAGUCACCAAAAUGGGAUGAAAGGAAAGGAUGUCGCCAUGGUGGCUGAUCUUCAUAUGUAGAUGAGGUUGGAUGAGACUUUAACUGAACCAUAAUGGUCCAGUUAAAGUCCGUGUUCCCUGUGGUUGAUGUUCUGAUGAAAAACUUAAACAUUUGUGUUUUUCAUCAGCUUUCAAAGACUCUGAUGAAUGAAGCGUUUCUCCUGAACGACGUUUGAAUGUUAAAUAUGUUUCAACAUUUAUUUCUGUUAAUUGAUUUCUAAAUGUUUGACAGACUGAACUUGAUUGUUAAGCAACGUUGUAAAGUUCUGAUUUUGUUCAAUGUUCUGUGAAACCUUGCGUUGCCCUGGAUGUCCUCAGUGAAUAAAGUUGCCUUGUUUGGGGCCGAUUCUGA